CACCUCUCUUAUAUCGAAAGAACACAAAGGAGCCAAAUCAAACGACAACAAAACAACCAAGCUAUGAGUACACAUAGAAGCUGUCCCUUGGUUGGGAAAUCUUUCUACUUGGACAUCCCCAGUGGCAAGAACUUGGAUUUUUUGGCAGAAAAUGUGAAACGUCUUGGAGGGGUUAUAGAAAGUUUUCUGAGUAAGGAAGUGACCUAUGUUGUUUCCAGCAGCCAAGAGGCCAGACGGGAGAUAUGGACGGGGAAACACAUUAACAGUGGGUUGAAGGAUACACACACUGGAGUCCUAUCUUCCGCAAAACCCCAGCAGGAUCAUAGACGUCCCUUGCCAAAGCCGAUGGACACGACCUUGAACAGUCGUGGGAAAAAGCUUUUGCAUAAAGCUAUUGGCAGUCAGGAUAACAUCCCUGGAAACAGCAUCCUUGCCAGCGCGCGACUGUGGGGGAUUCAGGUUAUACAUGCAGAUGAAAUGCUGACCUAUAUACGACGGUUAUCUAAGAAGUAUCAUUCCAAGGCAAAGAUGAAAUCGUGUGUUUCUGGGUAUCAGCCUCAAAAAGUAGUCAAGCUGAGACCACAUUUCCUAAAAAUUGAAGAUGAAAGAAGGCAACUUCGUCCAUUUUUUAAACACUUCAGUUAUUUCCCUCAACUAUAUUUCCUACCUCAGAGAAGGAAGAGCCCCUUUGAACUUCCACAGAAAUCCUCCAUCUCAAAAGAACCUAAAAGCCACGGCCUAGCCAAUGGAGCAAGUCCCCUCUCUGAUGGCUGUUUCGUGCCCCAGAUGCAGAAAGGCUACUGUGAAUGUUGUGAAAAACCCUUUGCAGAACUGUGGAUGCAUCUUCACAGCCCACAACAUAAGGAAUUUGUGUCAGAUCCUUCCCACUACGCUGUUGUGGAUAGCAUCAUUUCCCAGCUGACAAAUGAGUAUGUUUUCUUGGGCACUCCAUCCCCAAGGGUGCCUCCAGCUACUGGUGAUGGAAAAUCCUUUGGAUUGCUGAAGGAGGUGAAUGAGAACGUGAUAGUACCACCUUUAGAUCAAGCACUGCAAUGUUGCAUGUCUGCUCAGGGCUCAGCAGGACACUUUGGCACCCCGAGGGACUCAACCCACUUCUUUGAGGACCAAGGCUUUCUUCAGCUAACGGCUUGGUCCCUGGAGGUGUUUGACAGCACUGUGCCCUUUGUUUUGCAGUCUCCAGGUUCAGCUUCUAACCUGCAUAAAGAGAGCAGCAUAGUGGCAAACAAUGGCUCACGGGCUAUUGGCCCUGCUGAAGACAAAUGCCAUACUACACCUGAAAAGGAGAGGGUCUUGGCACUGUCCCACAAACGGAAGAAGUCCUGGAGCCCUUUAGGUCCAGCGAAAAAGAAGCAAGCACUCACAUCAGAUAAGAAGCAGUCAAGUUCAGACUUGGCCACUAAGGAGCAGCAGGUUGGCACACCACAACGUCCUUUCCCGAAUUUGAGUGACAGCCAGGCAGCUCCCAGACGCCCUGGCCUGCGUGCAGCUCCAUCCCAUACCCCCAUCUGCCUUUGCGCUCACCCACAUUUACCUUUGGAAAACUGUUCCUGUCGCAUGUCUGAGCCCGUUGCUAUAGACACUGAAUAUCUCAAAAGCCCAAUGCAGCAGGAGGAGGAGGAAUCUAUUCUAAGGAACGGGACAUGUGCUGCCUCACUCUCUUGCAACUCUUCCGUUCUUAAUAUUGGAUUUAGAAACCCACCCGACUUCCCUUCAGGCAAGCAAAUAGCCGUUACCCUGCGAGGCUCGGUGGUCCAGCACUCUCCACCUGAAAUAACCGAACUAGCUCAGCCUGUGUUGCCACAGCAACCAGGCCGGGGGCCUAGCCCUUGCCUGUGCCUGCCUUCCAAUCAACUGACUUGUAUAUCCACUGAAGAAAAUAGCUCUUCCUCUCUUUCGGAAUGGGAUGGACCGCUUCUUUGUGCCCUGGCCGCGGCCUCCCACCUCCCUUCUGAGGGGCUGGUGGAUGCUGCGCUGCUGGGGACCUGUGUCAGCAUGCAAGACAGCAACUACGAAGCCCAUCUUUACUCUGUGCUUUGGCAGACACCCCAGCCAAACUUGCCCUGCAAGGAAGACAAUUCAGACUACCAGAACAGCUGUGCAGAUGUGACAAGAGCUCCCUUUGCUACUGUGGAUGCAUGGAUGAGCUAGGCUAGGCAUGGGCCAAAUUGGGCCCUUGAGGUGUUUUGGACUUCAACUCCCACCAUUCCUAACAGACUCAGGCCUCUUCCUUUUCUCCCUCAGCCGCUUAAGCGGCUGAGGGGGAAAAGGAAGAGGCCUGAGGCUGUUAGGAAUGGUGGGAGUUGAAGUCCAAAGCACUUGGAGGGCCGAAAUUUGCCAAUGCCUGAGCUAGGCUGUUCCUGUAAACAUCCAGUUGUUUGCCUCUCCGCAGUCCUCUGUCCUUUUCCAUGUUGGGUGAUUGAUUAGAUCAGUGGUUCUCAACCUGGAGUCCCCAGAUGUUUUUAGCCUACAUCUCCCAAAAAUCCCAGCCAGUUUACCAGCUGUUAGGAUUUCUGGGAGUUGAAGGCUAAAAACAUCUGGGGACCCCGGGUUGAGAACCACUGGAUUAGAUCAUUUGUCUUCAUCUACCCCAGAAAUGAACUGGAGGAUGCACUUUUUGGAGAUGUUAAGUAGGCACUCAAUGACCCUACUGCAACCGGAUGUGAAGGCGAUCUGGCUGCGACAUCUGUCACCCCAU